AUGGAUCAAGAAAAUAGAAUUGUUGCAUUGAUUGAUAUGGACUGUUUUUAUUGUCAAGUGGAGGAAAAACUAAAUCCUGAAUUAAAAGGGAAACCUAUAGCUGUUGUGCAAUAUAAUCCAUGGAAAGGAGGCGGAAUAAUUGCUGUGAAUUAUGUGGCGAGAGCCAUGGGCGUUAGUAGACACCAUAGAGGCAACGAAGCUAAAGAAAAGUGUCCUGAUAUACAACUGUGUUCAGUGCCAUGUCUGAGAGGAAAAGCUGAUAUUUCAAAGUAUAGAGAAGCAGGUAAAGAUGUUGCUAAAGUGUUGCAAAAAUUCACACCAUUAUUAGAGAGAGCAUCUAUUGAUGAAGCCUAUUUGGAUAUAACAGCUGCAGUACAAAAAAGACUCCAAACUCUAAAUGUACAUACAAUAACCAGUGAUAUGACACCUAAUACUUUUGCUUUAGGAUAUGAUACUUUCGAUGAAUUUAUGUCUGAUGUUCACAGCUGUAGUUCAGAUUUUAUUGACUUUGAUUAUGAACACUCUAAGCAAUUACUCGUAGGAACUUUAAUAGUGAGUGAGAUCAGAGCUGCAGUAUAUGAAGAAACAGGUUAUACAUGUUCUGCUGGAAUAGCUCAUAAUAAAAUAUUGGCCAAACUUGUCUGUGGAAUGAACAAACCAAACAAGCAGACAGUGUUGCCCAAGCAAUCUGUGAACAUUCUCUAUAAGACUUUGUCCAUAAAGAAAGUCAAACAUCUAGGUGGUAAGUUUGGUGACCAUGUUUUACAAAUAUUGAAUAUUAAAACGAUGGGAGAAUUACAGCAGUUUUCUGAAAAGGAGCUACAAACUAAAUUUGAUGAAAAGAAUGGUUUAUGGCUGUUUAAUGUAGCUCGUGGCAUUGAUUUAGAGCCAGUACAGGCCAGAUUUAACCCUAAAAGUAUUGGUUGUUGUAAGCAAUUCAAAGGGAAAUCUGCUUUAACAGAUGUAGAUAGUGUUAAAAAAUGGCUGAAAGAUUUAGGUGAUGAAAUAGAAGACAGAUUAGAGAAAGAUUCAUUAGAAAAUAAUAGAACACCCAGACAGAUGGUGGUCAGUUUCUCAAUCCAACUUCCAGACGGCAGGGACUCUUGCAGUUCCAGAUCACACAACUUUGUUACUGAUGAUGAUUUGUGUGGUGAAUUUUUUUGGACCAAGUCUUUUGAACUGUUGAUGGAAAGUGCUGAGGGAUGUAAGCCAAAAGAAGUCGAAAGUUAUAGAAGAUUGAAGGCGCCAAUCAAAUUUCUUGGUAUAAGUGUUGGAAAAUUUGAAGAUCAUUCCGAGAGUAAAAAAACGAAAAAGAUCAAAGAUUAUUUCACUGCUGGAACUUCUAAAGAUGUUACUAAAACUAACGAGCCUACAACGCAACAUACUGUUAAAGAAAGUAGUGUAAAAAUUAAAACUCAAGGAAAAGAUUUUAAAGCAAGUGAUGAAACUGAAAUUGAUGUAAUAAAUGAUAAGGUCACUUCAAUAGAAAAUAAUCAAGAGAAAACUAUAGAAUUGCCAUUAGAUAAGCAAGAAUCAUUCUUUGCCAGAUAUUUGAAUGGUGGUCUUGCGCAUACUGAAACAAAUCAUUCAAAUAAAGUAACCAAGGAAGAAAUAAAAGAAAGUAAAUUACAAACUGAGGUUAAUCGUUCCACUACGCCAAUUUGUAACGUAAUACCGUGUGGUGAAGACAGUAACGACACUAUAUAUUCAGGAUCGACGAUAGACGAAGAAAUAAACAAAAGCAUAGCUCUAUUCGAAGAAGACCCCAACGAGGUUGCGAGGGUUAGCCACAUGCGGGAAAUAUUGAAAAGAUCUAAUCAAGCAGAACACAUGGAAGGUAUUAUUAGGCCACAGCCAGAAAUACAAUCAAAGACAGUUCCAAACCCUAAAUCUCAUUCUGAAGAUAUUCCACCUAAAGUCAAAACACUUGAAGCUAUUGUAUGUCCCGAAUGUGGUAAAGCAGUGUCUGUGAACACGCUUGACGAGCAUGCGGACUACCAUUUGGCGCUUAAACUACGAGAAGAAGAGAGACAGCAAGUACGAAAAGAAAGAGAUAAAGAUAGAACAGUUUUAAAAGAACCUAACACAAAAGAUACUAAAAAGAAAGUUGUACAAGAUGAGCAAAAACUGGAUAGUAUACCGUCAAUUUCUAAUUUCUUCACGAAACUUGAUGAUAAAGUACCAACUAAGAUGUGUAUGGAGUGCGGUAAAAAGGUGUUUGUGGAUAAAUUUUCUGAACAUCUAGAUUUCCAUGAAGCUCAGAAAUUAAGUAGGGAGUUAAACAAUAGAACUAUGACAAGUUCCACUACCAGUAUUAAGAGGAAAAAGAAGUCAGCAUCACCAGUUAAAAAGGCAAAAGUACCCUGUAAAUCAAUAGAUCUUUUUUUCAGA